UCUUGCCCGUAUCACAGCGGUUUCACGUUGAAGCUCACAUCAAUGCCAUUGUUAAAGUAGAUAACUGGCUACUAGUUAACUAUUUAUAGUUGUAUUAUUCUCAGCUACAUCUUAUCUCAUAACCAGGCCAACCUAAAACAGCGGUACAUAUGGAGCUGACAUGGGAGGACGUCCCGCUCCCAGCCCCAGACGGUCUAUUAUUUAACAAAGACCUUUAUGAUAAGUACUCCCUGGCGCCGACCAUCAAGGGACUGUGGGCUAUCGCUGUUGUAAGUCCCACAGUAAAGGUUGACGUGAAGGAGUUAGAGGACACAACAGGACCAGCCAAGCUCCCCUCUACACAGAACCAGUCAAACAGCAGCAGUAACAGAAAUGAUGAGAGGAGUGGCACCGGAGAACCCUGUUCUGACAGUCAGGAUGAACACGAUGACUGUAAAGAUGAUCACCCGCCUGCUGGAGAGGCAGUCUCCAGACAGGAACCCAGUCACCCUAAGCCCUCCGGCCAGGACCCCAGCCUUCCCAGCCAGGUACCAGAGUUGUUCCCAGAGCCCAGGAUUCCAUACCCCUGUUUCUCCAGACUCACCAGUAAAGACCAGCUGACAUAUCUCCAUGUGCUGACCAGCAAACAGCCCAGAGAGGCUUCUCAGACUCUGUUGCUGAAUGUGAACAGUGAGAGGUCAGAGUUCAUGAGGUACCUGCAGGAAGUGGCCAGGAUGUGUCCUGACGACUACAACUACAUAUCCCAGGGGGCCGCUCUCUACUCAGAGGAGUACCUGAGAGCCUGUCUAGACCGAAUGAGGAUGUAUCCCCAACUCUAUCAGAUCCAUGAGAUAACCAGCCUCACAGGAGGAAGCUUCUCUUCUAGCCUCCAGCUCAACUUUGAGAAACAGCUGCUCACUAUGGGCGAGGUGGUGAUCACAGACCACAAAGUGGUGCCUAAUGAAGCACAGUUGGCAUUUGACUACGAGACUGUUUCAUCAGAUAUUCCUCCAGUCAAGAAAGCAAAGCUCUCACACUCUGGCGUCAGUACUGACAGUAAUGCAGAGAAGCUGAGUGGUCGGUAUGAACCCCAUGUUGUCCUGAGUAGAGAAAGUCUGGUCAGACUGCUGGACAACCACGGUCCGGACUUCACUGAACCCUGGGAGUUACCUGUAGUGGUCAAAACCAACCCUGGGAGAGGCAGUAGCCAGAGUCAGACGGUGUACAUCGACCCUCCACUGCUGCAGACAGAGAUGACUGUGAGAGAGAGGAGUCUGCUGUUCCAUGAGGAGAGCAUGAAGCUGUCAGUCAACAAGACUGGAACCAAGAAUGUCUUCCACCUCAUGACUGAGACUCCAGCGAUGAACAAACCACUACCCGCUGAGAGCUCCCAGAGGAGGCUGGCCUCGUUUGAGUCCUCUGGUCUGGACUUUGGAUUUGAUCUCACAGACUUAGAAACGUUUGGAGAAACGACUCAGUCCCCCAAGAGGCUGAAGACCCAUCAUCUACAGAAAGACUUGGUCAGUCAGCCUAAAACCAAGUCUAAACAGUACAGUGGUACCCUGGGUAAAGAGGUAUCGAAGGCCAGCAGAACUCAGGAUGAAGAGGUGAACUUAUUAUGGACAAACACGAAGGUGGUUUCAGAGACCGAGGGGAGAGAGCUAAGAGAGCAGAGCUGUGCUGAACAAUCAUUGGCUGCUACUGUCCCUUCAGCCAAUCAGCUGAAACCUGGCUCUGUACAGGACUCUGAGGAACAGUUAUCCUCAGGUGGAGACUCAGAAGACGAGCGCCUGGUGAUUGAUGACCCUGUAUCCCCAGUUUCCCCAGUUUCCACCCCAACCACGGCGACCCAACUCUCCCCAACACAUCAACAGGACACUCCCCGAUCCCCCUCUGCCUCCUCACCACCACCCUUUGCCACCGGGACAAGGAGAGUGGCCAGGAAGGCUAAGGUACCAGGGGGCUGUGACCAGCUGGGUCAGAUCCUAGCCAUGCAGAAGGCCAUGCUCAAACCCAAACCCUCUAACAACCAGACCCAGGACCCAGCCAGACCCUGCUCCUCCCAGCCCACAGAACCCCUCUCCAACACAAACCCCCAGUCGCUGGUGAAGCCCUGUGUGUCCAACUACCUGGAGAGUACCCAGGAUGGAGAGACGUAUGUCGACGCCCCUUCUCAAUCUGGACCAAUAGACAACAGGAAGACUGUACAACAAAAACGGCUGCUGUGUGAUGAUCUCAUGGGGGGGGCUGAGGAUGAGGAGGACUAUUCAUCUCCAGAGGAAGGAAACCUGCUGUAUAAACUGUACAGUCUACAGGACCUGCUGCUGCUGGUGCGGAGUGACGUCUGUCUGGCACACACUCGCAGGCUGGGCACCAGCAACAAGGUGGUCCCUGUCUAUGUCCUGUCCAAGAUGGAGUACCAGCUUUCUUAUGGAGUUGAGAGUCUAACUAAGACUGAGGCCUGCCGGCUGUGGGCCGAGACACUACUACACUCCAGCACUGUCCCCUAUAUAGGUCAUAUCAGCGCCCACACUUCAAAGGUAGCUCUGCUCAGGAAGCUGCCAGAAAACUGGAAACCCAACGCUUCCUGUGACUUCAAACCAGCCAAGUCCCUCAACAUACUGCAUCAUCUGCUGAAGAAGAUCACUGGGUUAUCUGCGGGCCACUAUCUGAUUGGUCAUAAGGCAGGGGAGCCCUUCGUAACCAUCUUCAAGGCAACGGAGGGGCGGAGGAUUGUCAGAGAGGCCUAUAACCUGCACCAGACCCAUAGCAGCGUGCCUCCUCCCUCUGCCCUCGGCCCUGUACCCUGGGUACCGCUGGACCCCACGCUGGUCCUACCCUUUCACCAGAAACACAGCCGGCCACCCUGUACCUUCCCCCCUCCAGACCUGCAACAACACAAGGCAAGGAAGGGCGGGGCUGGAGAACCAGGGACGCCGGGACCAAGUAAGGGGAAGGUAGGGCCAGCUAACCCCGCCUCAAGCCGGGGAGCGAAGAAGAAGAAGAAUAAAGGGAAGAGAACACAGAGGCGAGACAAGUGGAUGAAGAGGCAGAUCCAACGCUCUAUCCAGCAGAACAGCCCUUAGGACCACCUACAGAACCAUUUAUAAAUCAAAUGUUAUUGGUCGCAUACACAUGUUUAGUAGAUGUUAUUGCGGGUGUAGCAAAAUGCUUGUGUUUCUAGCUACAACAGUGCAGUAAUAUUUAACAAAUAAUAUUGAACAAUUUCACAAGUGUUAGAUAUGCAUGUAUAGAACCAUUAUAGCAUGGCACUUGCAAUGCCAGGUUUGUGGGUUCGAUUCUCAUGAGGGACCAGUAUGAAAAUGUAUGCUCUGGAUGAAAGCGUCUGCUAAAUUACUAAAAUGUUGAGUGGGUUGGUGAACUUUCUGCAUUAUUCAGAUUAAAGAUUAUAAUAGUCACAUGUACAGGGGGGCAGGUGUGAAUACAGUGUUUAAUAGUCACAUGUACAGGGUUACAGGUGUGAAUACAGUGUUUAAUAGUCA